AUGGCCCACGCGACUGCCUUGGACUCGUCGGUGGUCGCCUCCAUGACGGCGCUGAAGUCAAAGUGGAGUUUGUUCAAAGCCCCAGGUGUGACGUGCGCAAUGCGCGCGAAAGCGGAGCUACCACCACUCUCUCCUGUGGAAGUAAAAGUAGAUCUCAGCGCGCAAAGUCAAUACGACCUACACCCUGCACGCGACAACACACCCUGGAGCGCAGUCAAGUUUCUGGUGGGUAACAACUGUUCGGUCAACCAGUACAUUGGUCGAAAGGAGGGCGCUAUCCCUUCAACGGAUGCGCUGGUCAUCGAUUUAAUCUGGCGAUGA